GACAGUGACAGUAUUUAUUAUAUUCUACAUCCCACAUUUUGAGGUUAGAUAAUCCAAAGAAAAUAUAGUAAACUAGGCAUCAUAAAGUUAAAACAGACUAACAAAAUGCCGUUCAUGAAAGGAAGAGCGCCUAUUCGUCGCACAUUAAACUAUCUUAACGCCGGAAAACUCGUGUUGAAAGACAAAAUCAAGAUAUUUUCCGUGGCAUACAACAUUGCGGGUCAGAACAACGCAGGUGCGAAGGAUUUCGUGUUCUGGUACUUGCCUCAGAUACAGUACAAGAAUCCGAACGUGCAGGUCGCGACGCUGAAGAAUCUGACGCCUUCACCGUUCAUUAAGUGUUACUUUGAAGAUGGUCGCCAGGUUUUAAUAGAUAUUGAUAAUAAGUCAAAGGAAGAUGUUUUAGAGCAUUUAUUGAAUACUGUGGGGAAGAGUAAGGAGGUGUUGGAAGCGGAGGCGGUGGCCGCUGAGAAGAAGGAUAACCCGGCGAACUUCGGUGUUGGUUGUGAGCGCGCUUGUAUGUGUGAGAACUACGGACAAGUGCCUUGCUCCGGGGUAGUGACAUUGCCUAAAUUUAUGAGAGGGAAGUACACGAAUCCGGCGAAUUAGUUUAGGAAAGUGAUAGGCGUGUGUUGUUC